AUGGCAGCCUCUCAGGCAUCCAAGCUGAAAAAGAUCAGGAAGGAGAUGCGUGCUCUCCUCGACCGCCUCGAUGCUCUCGAGGACAUGAACACCACCAACGACGCCAAGGAUGCUACUAUCCACGGCACCGACAGCGAGACCCAGAAUGACUACACCCAGCCAGUGAAAGAGAAGGAGAUCACGGCAGGUCCCAGAGUCUCCAUGAACGAUGUCUUGGAGUGGUUCAACCUGAGGAGCGCGAUCUACAACCACGAGCGGGCUACGGUCUUCACGUCGAAGAAAUCCCCAAAAAUGCUGAGGGAAAACAUGCGAGCGACCCGUGGGGUGGAGAAAGACCAAAUCACACGGUCUAUGAUGGAGCUUCAGGUGGACCGGUUCAUUAUCCCGGCGCUCCUCCAAGCUUGCGGUAUCACCGGUACCGGCUUCAUCUUUGCGGACGAAGUCGCGCCGUCGAAGAGAAAGGAACAGCCACGGUUCUUCGGCGCGGCGGCCCCAGAGCCUGCUGACACUGUUACUGUUUUUCCUCCUGGAUCGUCGCCCUCUUCCGCAAAGCUCGCGAUUCGCCUCCUUCAUGACACGCCGAUACUGCCACAAUCGAACAAUCCGGACCCGCAGGCACCCAAAGGCUGCACGGAGGAGCCCGGUCCCUUUUUCGUGGUGACCGCCAGACCGGACUGGGGAGAGGUCGCGAAGGCCGACUUCACCAUGGCCCUGGCGAUUGCGGACCACAACAACAAGCUCAAGGGAAAGAACCGUAUCCUAUACGGCAUGCUGGUCACCGCAGACAUUGCUACUUUUGCAGAAGUGUCCGAGAACGUCAUAUCCUACGGCCCUGAGAUCGAAUUGGCCAAGGAAGAGGACUUAAUCAGGGUCUACAAGCACCUUGCCGAACUUCUUACCAGGGGUGCAGUGCUUGGUACCUUGUUUAGCUCCUGGUACUGCAAGUAG